AUGUCGCAAGCAGCGCCAGUCAGCUGGCUGAAGGGUAUCUGGCCGAGGCAAACGGAAGAUAACCAAGUGCCUAAGUGCGAUACCCCCAUCGUCGUGCACUACACACGUUACUGGCUGCCUCCGCCAAUCGAGCCAAGCGAAGACUCCGAGGGCGAUGCCGACGUUGCUGUAGCCGUGGAAGUUGUUCUGGAGCCAUACGUACUCUGGUGCUGCCUGCUGCGCAGCGUUACAGGCUGCAAAUUGCGCUUCUCACCGUCUUUAUACGAUGAAUUUGUCGGCGGAGCGAUGCCGGCUGCCUUCGUUGGCGAUUCUGCAUGUUACGGAGGAGCGCCGCUGCGGCAGGAGAGCUUGCUGAGCCACCUGCUGCUCAAUCUGCCCACAGCCUCAGCUGAGGUGCUUGAACAGCUGAGCAGCAGAUUCGCGCUCUAUGAGGCGUUUAAAAAGCCCGAUGGUAGCGCCAAAAUCACAAGCGACUCGCAGUUCUACCAUAGUGCCAGCUCCAUUCUCCCGGUAUACGUCGAGAAGCACCUGCGCUACGCCGUACUAUUUUUCAUCUGGGUGUUCCCGAAGAUAUCGCAAAAUGUCACCAAGAGGAUUGUCGUCAAUUCGACGCCCUGGCCGUACGGAUACUACGUGUUCAACAAGAGGUCGAAAGAGAUCGCAAGGACGUGCGCGCAGUGUGGGUAUUCCGACAUCGCAUUCACAAUCAAGGAGCUGGCGCUGAUGCUGCGGGAGCUGCAGCGCAUUCUGCAGAACGACGCGCCCUCACUCAACCACAGUGCAGGCCCGGUUACUGGAUGGAAGGCUCCGUAUUCGCAAAUCUCACGGUACUCUUCAGCAUACCGUGCCACGGUAGGAUAUGCAUUCACCAAAACCGAUAUCACGCAUUCAGGGGUUGAGGAGCUGCUCGCGUUGCACCGCGAGUUCUACGACUUGAAGUCGUACUGCGCGGUAGUGAAUCGCACCUAUAACGUAGCCGACCUGCCACCGCCGUACCUCUGUGGAAACACGUUCCCAGUCAGCUACUUUGUCAAGGAGCCCUCGGCGUGCAUGGCGCUGCUGGGGUCUGUAUGGGAGCACAUCAAGAGCAUCCCUCAGCUAACGAUUAUGCAGUAA